AUGUUAGAUGACAAACCAAUAAGAACAUGGUUAACAACAAAUACAAAUCUAUUGUUUAUUCUAUUAGAAAAAAAAGAAUGUAAACUUGUGAAACAAUUAUUAAAUCUAUCACCAUCAUUUAUUCAUCGAUUAGAUGAAGAUGGCAAUGAUCCAUUACUUUAUGUUUGUCUUAAAGUAUGUGGAUGUCGACAUAGAUUAAUCGAAUAUUUAAUCAGAAUGGGAUCUGAUUUACGAAGAAGAAAUUUGAAAGAUGAAAAUGUUUUCGAUGUAUUACAGUUGAAAAGAAAUAGAAAUUUAUUGAAAAUUUUGAUUGAACACGAUAUAAUUUAA